AUCUGGUUCCGGUUCCGGUUCAGGCUCAGGCUCUGGCUCAGGCUCAGGUUCAGGCUCUGGUGGCUUAGGAUCCGGCAGCUCCGGCGGCGGCGGCAGCUCCGGAGGCGGCAGCACAGCCAACAAUGGCACUCUUCCCGGCGGCGGCAGCAGCGGCAGUGUCGUCAAGACCUUCCCCACCCCUGCCGGCACAGAGAACCUCUCCGCGGCGCGGACUAUUAGCGGCAACUUCGACGGCGGCAUGAAGAUGUAUGACCGUGUCCCCAGCACCUGCACGGGCAGCGAAGGCGGACAAAAGGACGCAGCCUUCAUCCUGGAGGACGGCGCCACCCUCAGCAACGUCAUUAUUGGAGCCGGUGCCGGGGAGGGUAUCCAGUGCCAGGGCAGCUGCAACCUCGUCAACGUCUGGUGGGACAAGGUCUGCGAAGACGGCGCCACCUUCCGCCAGACAGGCGGUACCUCCACGGUCAAGGGUGGCGGCGCCCGCGACGCCCCCGAUAAGCUCUUCCAGCACAACGGUGGCGGCACGGUAGAGGUCUCUGACUUUUACGCAAAGAACGUCGGCCAGUUCUGGCGCUCGUGCGGUAACUGCAAGACGCAGACGGCGCGUACUGCAGUUUUCAACAAUAUCUACGUCGACGGCGGCAAGACGGUCGCUCACUACAACGGUAACCUCGGCGACAAGGUCACGAUCAACGGCGCUUGCGUCUUGGGUGGUGCCACGGUGUGCAAGAACUCCAAGGGCGUCACUGGUGGUGGCGAGCCUGGCGAUGCGGCUGAUGAUCCGACUAUCUGCGUGCAGACUGACGUCAAGACAUCUGGAUGCUAAAGGGCUGGUUGGUUGUUGUUUAGGGUGAAGAAAAAUCCAGGGAGGCUCGUUUGACUUAGUCGCGUGGACUCCAAUGUCUGUGUAUCUUCUUCUUCUCUGUAUAUCACGCUUUUGGACUGGUCCUUUGGGAUUCGGACUGGAUGUCUCGGAGUCAAG